AUGUUCACCGUCGAACGAGUCGUCUCCAACGAAGGCAAGGGCAGAGUUAUCCAGGAAGUCGUUGGUUUGUUCAAUUAUUCUGCAAAUUGCACAAAAAAUGAUCCAAAUCAGAAUUGGACGUCAACACGGCGGCGAAAGAGCUCGACUUGACGCGCUACCGUACCAUACGCGCUUGGAAUUUCGAGUGCUUUGAGGACUUACAGUAUGUUUCGUUUCUGAAUGCACAAAAAAAACUUCGACUACUUUUUUAUUUUUUUAGAGGAACAAUUGAGUUGGGAUAACAAAAAUUAGACUCUUUUAACGCUCUAAAAUAGUACACAUCCGGUUAUUUUCCAUGCAAUUUUUGGGUUUAUUAACCCAUUCCAUUAUAAAAAAUAUUGGUUCACAGUUUUUGAAUCGAUUUCUGAUCAGAGAAUCCUAUGAUUUAUACUGAAGACAAAGGAAAAAAAUUUAAAACAGUGGAAAAAAAUUACGGUUAAUUUACAAAAAGGCUUUUAAAAAAAUCCAAAAAAACUUGAAAUCUCAUUAUAUUUAUAUAUCAUACCCGGCUAAAUUUUUCGGGUCUGAAUAAUUUUUAUUCUUUUUUUGAGACGUUAUAAACUCACUAAAGCCAGUUUCAAAAAAAUUUAAAAUCGCAAAAUAUGUCCAUUAUUUAAAGAAAAGCAUUGAAAGUACGCUUUAUCGACGGGAAAAGCGGUCAACUGGGAAAAUGUUUGGUAGUCACUAUAGGGUUUUGACGUUUCAGUGGCCACUAUAGUAGUCAAAUUAGUGACCACUUACGGGGUUAAAGAUAAGUGGCCACUAUAGAGGUCUAAGUGCUAAUAAUUGAACACUAAAAUUGUAGUGGCCACUUUAAGGGUCAAUGGAUCAACAUAACUGGUCCAAUCUGUUUGUUUUGAAAUUAUCAGAGUUACUAGAAAGAAUACUGGAUGAAAAACUACUGAAGUGGCCCACUAAAUAGAGAACCUCUAUAGUGGCCACUGAAACGGAAAAUAGUGGCCACUUUAGAGUUCUUUCUAAGUAGUCCUCGGCGGGCCUCUAUAUUGGCCACUAAACAUUUUCACAGAAAGUCGGCUUUUUCCGAUUUUCGAGGCUUAGCACCUCAAUUAAAUUUUAGUUCUUUGAAGAUUCUCUACAUUUUAAGAAAGUUUAUUCCUUGACAAGCUAAAAAAGCGAAUAUUUCUCCAGAAAACUAACACUCCGUUGGAAUUUGUUCAAGAGAAUCGAGAAUUUCGAAUGCUUGACCAGCCUUACCUACCUAACUCUCUACGAUAAUCAGGUUAAUUUUUGCUAUAAAAAUAUUCAAAUUAUCAUUUUGAGAUCGACAAGCUCGAAAAUUUGGAAAAUCUCGUGAAUCUCACUUUUCUCGACGUUUCUUUUAAUCGGAUACCGAAAAUCGAAGGACUUGAAAACUUGAAAAAGUUGAAGGAGCUCUACUUGGUUCACAACAAGAUUCAAAUCAUCGAAGGGUUGGAAAAUGUUGGUUUUUUUCUAUUUUAAUAAAAGAAUAAGGUCAAAGAGUGUUUUGGAGAUCAAAGCUUGUAGAAAACAAAAAUCGAUAAUUUCAGAGAGUUUUUAGUCUGAAUUAUUUUUAAAAGUAUUACAGCAAACGGAAUUGGAGCUCAUCGAACUUGGCGACAAUCGAAUUCGUUUUAUCAAGAAUCUUGGACAUUUGAAGAAGCUCAAGAAGCUUUUCCUUGGGGCUAAUCAGAUAAGGAAGAUCGAAGGUAUCAGCGAGAUUAGAUCAUAGUCCAAAAAUACUGUAUCAGAGAGAAAAGUGGUGCUAGGCUUUUUAAAGUUUAUUAAUGCCGGUAUGAAAAACUGAAAGAACUUUCACAUUUUCAAAUGCUGACGUUUUCGUAAUUCAAUUACUUUCAUGCUGACAAAAAAACUAAUUGAAACAAUAAGGCUACUGAAAAGUUUUUUUCUUUUCUAAUUUUUUUAAUUUAUUUCUGGGUUUUGAAGGCCAAACUUCUCGAAAAAAAUGAUUCUAAUCGUUUCUGAUCCUUUAAAAAAACGGGCGACAAAAAAAUCAAUAGGGUCCUCGAAUUCGAAAUGAGAUUUCAAAGAGAAUUGCACUCUCGAGUUUAAGAGGAAAUUAUAAAAAGCUAUGAAACAUUAAUAAGAACUGUCCAUUUCCGCAAAUUGAUUAAAAUGUUAUUGAAAAAAUGAUAAAAUUAUAGGCCUCGAUGAACUGACAAACUUGGAAGAUUUGAGCAUCCCAGCAAAUGCGAUCACAGUGAUAGCAGGACUUGACAACUUGAAAAAGCUGAAAACUUUGGGCCUGGCUCAGAAUGGAAUUCGGAAGAUGGAUGGGUAAGUUCUUACUAUCAUUAAAAUUGACAAGAUAUCAUAAAAAAAUCAAUAAUCUUUGCGUUGGACUUUAUAAAAAGCAAAAAUUAGGGCAAAGAUUUUUCGCAAAAAAAGAAAUGGUUCUUGACACUAGAAAAAAAUUAAAUUUCUUUUUUUAAAUAACAAUGAAAGUUCGACUAGAUCUUCAACUUUAAAGUUCAUGGUCGUAUUAGGAAUGGCUCGAUGCGUAACUGCUUCGAAUUUCGGCUUUUUUUAAGGAGCGCCCGACUCAAAAUGACUUGCGCAUCGAAAAAAGAUGCUUCCAACUGCAACGCUUUGAGCCAUUCCGAAUGCGAGCUUUAUGUCAUGACAAAAUAAAUUUCUCAACCAUCCAAACUACUUUUUCUGUUUCAAACGCAGAAAAAAAGAAGUUCAAACCUCGCUUGUACAGUAUAAGUGUUCUCCUUGCUCGAAAAAUGUCAAAAAUUUGAUAAUUAGGCAUGUUGAGAUUUUGAAUGUCAAGUCGCCGCUUAAGCUCCGCCCCUAUAAGCGCAAUGAACCAAUCAGAGAGCGAGCCAUUCACAGAGCGUUUUCGAAUGACGUCAUUGACAUUCAAAAAAUUUGAAUAGGCUAUAGUUGCCCAAAGCUGGCUUGAACCAUCGAAAAAAGGGUCCUGACACGAUGAAAAAAAAAGAGAGUGUCUGGUUGGUGGAGUGUACAGACAGGCCACGCCCCUUAGGGUCUCAAUUUAGCCGUGAAUUGGCUACAUAAACCUCAAAAACUAGGAAUUUCUAGAUUUUUUCAAACUUCUUUCCAAAAAAUACCAGCUCAAAUGGUUAAAACAAUCAGACGAUAUGAAACCAGUCGAAAAAAGCGAAAUCUUCUAUUUUCAGCCUCGGCGGCCUGAAAAGCCUGGUCAGUCUCGACCUCAACGAUAAUCUGAUUGAAAGAGUGGAAAAUGUCGAUCAGAUUCUCGGGCUGAGGACUUUGUGGUUGAGGAAUAACAAGGUGCAGUGCUUUUCCGAUUAUUUCGAAUGUUUCUUUUAAAGUUAUCUUCGUGGCAAGAAUUGCUCGCUCUACGCGAUAUUACACAACUACGGAUGCUGAUGUUGGAAAUGAAUCCCGUUUACAGGUUCUUUGAGAUUCUUUUUUACUAUAGAGAGGGAGAAAAUAUAAAUCUUAAUGACGGAUAAAAUUAAUGAGUGAUGAAUCCAGAGAAAAUAAGACGUUCAAUAAGGUUGAAAUGAGGAUUUUUCCUAUAUUUCCGUCUUUCAAAAAAAUAUUCUCAAAUUAAAAAUUUUUUUCUGCACUUGAGAGUCUUCGAUGAAUCUAUCACUGAUUUGAAUCUCAAAACAAAAAAAUAAAUAAAUAAAUAAAAAGUGAAAUUGGCCUUGAGUGAGAAAUCUUCCACUUAUAAAAAAACUCAAAAAUAACCUAGGCGCUUGAUGUUCUGAGAAAAUAAUUCAAAAAAAUCAGCCAACAAAUAUUUAGAAGAAAAAUUGAUCAAUUUUUUUGAAAUAAUUAUUAAAUUUCUGCAAAAAAAUGCGAAAGUACUUGACAAAUUUGAAAAAAACGCAGAUUAUACGUAGAGCACGUAUGUUCCUUUUUUGGUGGCUAUUUUUUCACAAAAUGAACAAAAACUUGGAGAUUUCUCUACAGAUGCGACUGCAAGAAAAAAUUUGUCGAAUUUCCAAGGAAUUAAAAUGACAAAACUACGUCAAGUUUCUUUUUCUGUUGUGAUAUAUAAUCGUGAUGCUUUUGUUAUCUUCUUGUUUGUUGAACAAGAAAAUGUUUUCGAAAAAGGCAAUGUUAUUCUUUUCCAUUUUCCAAAAAAGGAGUUAUUAGAAAUCAGGGAAAAAUAUCUUCUAAAAUGAGCAACAUAACCAUUCCCAUCUUGCAGCUCCGACUACACCUACCGUAACCGGAUGCGCGAGGUUUUGCCCCAAAUCAAGAUGUUGGACGGCCUUCCGGUCGGAUGGAUCCAAGGCGACCCCUACCAACCCCUUCCCAAGGACUUUUUCGAGAACUUCAAGACUAUUAAUUGA